UCCAACCAUCAGCAAGAUUUUAAAAGACUACAUAGAUAUUUGCUGUGUCAGGAAAGGGAGAUAACCUGGAAACCUGUUCCCCUAAAAUACCCAAUGCAGAAGGACAUACAUUACUUGCAAAACUCUUCCUCCUUUGGUGAGAAUUUAGUUACAUGUAAUUGCAAGGGAGUCAUGAGCUCAGCUUCAGUCCUGUUACUAUGGAAGAAUGUGAAAACCUUUGCAUCUUGUGAUAGUCUAGCCAAGGUCCAAGAAGUAGCAAGCUGGCUUUUGGAAAUGAAUCAGGAACUGCUCUCUGUGGGCAGCAAACGACGACGAACUGGAGGCUCUCUGAGAGGGAACCCUUCCUCAAGCCAGGCUGAUGAGGAGCAGAUGAAUCGUGUGGUGGAGGAGCAGCAGCAGCAACUCCGACAGCAAGAGGAGGAACACACUGUAAGGAAUGGGGAGGUGGUUGGAGCAGAACUCAGACCUGGAGACCAAAACGAUUCCCAUCAAGGACCAUUGGAAGAAAACAACAAUAGAUUUAUUUCAGUGGAUGAGGACUCCUCAGGAAACCAGGAAGAACAAGAGGAGGAUGAAGAGCAUGCUGGUGAGCAGGAUGAGGAGGAUGAGGAGGAAGAGGAGAUGGACCAGGAGAGUGAUGACUUUGAUCAGUCUGAUGACAGUAGCCGGGAAGAUGAGCAUACACACAGUAACAGUGUCACCAAUUCCAGUAGUGCUGUGGACGCCCCCAUUCACCAGCUCUCCUCCUCACUCUACACCAAGACAACCAAAAUGAAAAGAAAGUUGGACCAUGGUUCUGAGGUUCGUUCUUUUUCACUGGGAAAGAAACCAUGCAAAGUUUCAGAAUAUACAAGUACCACUGGACUUGUACCAUGUUCAGCAACACCAACAACUUUUGGGGACCUGAGAGCAGCCAAUGGCCAAGGGCAACAACGGCGCCGAAUUACAUCUGUACAACCACCCACAGGACUCCAGGAAUGGCUGAAGAUGUUUCAGAGCUGGAGUGGACCAGAGAAACUGCUUGCAUUAGAUGAACUCAUUGAUAGUUGUGAGCCGACACAAGUAAAGCAUAUGAUGCAAGUGAUAGAACCCCAGUUUCAACGAGACUUCAUUUCGUUGCUCCCUAAAGAGCUGGCACUCUAUGUACUUUCAUUCCUGGAACCCAAAGACCUGCUACAAGCGGCUCAGACUUGUCGCUACUGGAGGAUUCUGGCCGAAGACAACCUUCUGUGGAGAGAGAAGUGCAAAGAAGAGGGGAUUGAUGAACCAUUGCACAUCAAGAGAAGAAAAGUAAUAAAACCAGGUUUCAUCCACAGUCCAUGGAAAAGUGCAUACAUCAGGCAGCACAGAAUUGAUACCAACUGGAGGCGAGGAGAACUCAAAUCUCCUAAGGUGCUGAAAGGACACGAUGACCAUGUGAUCACAUGCUUACAAUUUUGUGGUAACCGAAUAGUUAGUGGUUCUGAUGACAACACGUUGAAAGUUUGGUCAGCAGUCACAGGCAAGUGUUUGAGAACAUUAGUGGGCCAUACAGGUGGAGUGUGGUCAUCACAAAUGAGGGACAACAUCAUCAUCAGUGGAUCUACGGAUAGGACCCUCAAAGUAUGGAACGCAGAGACUGGAGAAUGCAUCCACACCUUAUAUGGGCAUACGUCCACUGUGCGUUGUAUGCACCUGCAUGAAAAACGUGUUGUUAGCGGUUCUCGAGACGCAACUCUUAGGGUUUGGGAUAUUGAGACAGGCCAGUGUUUACACGUUCUCAUGGGUCAUGUCGCAGCAGUCCGCUGUGUUCAGUAUGAUGGCAGAAGGGUUGUUAGCGGAGCCUAUGAUUUCAUGGUGAAGGUGUGGGAUCCGGAGACAGAGACCUGUCUACACACGCUGCAGGGGCACACGAACAGAGUCUAUUCAUUACAGUUUGACGGAAUCCAUGUGGUGAGUGGAUCUCUGGAUACAUCCAUCCGAGUUUGGGACGUGGAGACCGGGAACUGCAUUCACACGCUAACCGGGCACCAAUCACUAACCAGCGGGAUGGAACUCAAAGACAAUAUCCUCGUCUCUGGGAAUGCAGAUUCUACAGUCAAAAUCUGGGAUAUCAAAACAGGACAGUGUUUACAAACAUUGCAAGGUCCCAACAAGCAUCAGAGCGCUGUGACCUGUUUACAGUUCAACAAGAACUUUGUAAUUACCAGCUCAGAUGACGGAACUGUAAAACUAUGGGACUUGAAAACGGGUGAAUUUAUUCGCAACCUUGUCACAUUGGAGAGUGGGGGGAGCGGGGGAGUUGUGUGGCGGAUCCGAGCCUCCAACACCAAACUGGUGUGCGCAGUCGGGAGUCGGAACGGGACUGAGGAAACCAAGCUGCUGGUGCUGGACUUUGACGUGGACAUGAAAUGAAGAACGAGAAAGAUGAAUUUGUCCAAAUGUGUAGACAAUAUACUCCCUGCCCUUCCCCCUGGAAAAAAAAAAAGAAAGAAGAAAUGAAAAAAAGAAAAAAAAAUCCCUUGUUCUCAGUGGUGCAGGACGUUGGCUUGGGACAACAGAUUGGCAAGACCUACAGACGAAGACGGCAGAGAGGAAGGGACGACAGGGUGUGAGUGACGAGAGCCACCUGCUGUGGCAGCGUGGACAGGCGUCACUCUGGACUGAGGGCAGCUUUGCAAAAUGAGACUUUCUAAAUCAAACCAGGUGCAAUUAUUUCUUUAUUUUCUUCUCCAGUGGUCCUUGGGCAGUGUAACUGCUGAAACAUCAUUGCUGAUCCCGCCGGCCUGUUCUUUUACCACUGACAGCUAGGAAAGGAGCUGCAAUAACAUCCAAAUGAGUACUGGUUGACUUUCUAAUUAGAGAGCAUGUGCAACAAAAAAGAAUUUUUCUGGAGUGGAAAAGCUUAAAAAAAAAAAAAAGAAAAAAUUACUGUGAAUUUUUUUUUUUUUGUACAGUUAUCAUGAAAAGCUUUUUUUUUUUUUUUUUUUUGCCAACCAUUGCCAAUGUCAAUCAAUCACAGUAUUAGCCUCUGUUCCUCUCUUUCCUGUUGCUUCCAUAUACACCCUUCGAUUCCUGUGUUGCUCAAAGGUGGCAAGUUGUCCUGGGUUCUCUGAGUCCCGAGUUGGAUUGAAUUCUGGAUGCUGGUGCUAGAAGUAGGUCUUCAAAUAUGGGAUUGUUGUCCCACCCCUGUACUGUACUCCCAGUGGCCAAACUUAUUUAUGCUGCUAAAUGAAAGAAAGAAAAAAAAAAAAAAAGAAGAAGAAGCAAAUUAUUUUUUUUUAUUUUUUUUCUGCUGUGACGUUUUAGUCCCAGACUGAAUUCCAAAUUUGCUCUAGUUUGGUUACAGAAAAAAAAAAAAAAAAGACUUUUUUGCCGCUGAAACUUGAACCAUCUGUGCCUCUAAGAGGCUGAGCAUGGAAGAGUUUCAGAUAAUAAAGAGUGAAGUUUGCCUGCAAGUAAAGAAUUGAGAGUGUGUGCAAAGCUUAUUUUCUUUUAUCCGGGCAAAAAUUACACAUUCCUUGGGACAGAGCUGUUACCGCCUGUUCUGUGGGGAAAGUUUUCUUUUUGAGGGCUGUGGUGAAUGGAUGAACAUACAAAGUAAAACUGACAAAAAAAUAUUUUAAAAAUAUAUAAAACACAAAAUGAAAAUAAAGUUGCUGGUCAGUCUUGGCGUUUUACAGUAUUUGGGAAAACAACUGUUACAGUUUUGUUGCUCUGUAUAACUGACAAAGCAGAAACGAUUCAGUUUUUGUAGUGAGGGCAUCACAUGCAAACAUCAGAAAUGAAUGAAAAAGUCGGAUGGUUUGCCUCAUUCUCCAAGAGCCACAACUCAAGCUGAACUGUGAAAGUGGUUUAACACUGUAUCUUAGGCGAUCUUUUUUUUUCCCUCCUCCUGUUUAUUUUGUUUUGUUUUAUUUAUAGUCUGAUUUAAAACAAUCAGAUUCAAGUUGGUUAAUUUUAGUUAUGGAACAACCUGACAUGAUGGAGGAGAACGACCUUUAAAGGGAUUGUGUCUAUGGUUUGAUUCACUUAGAAAUUUUAUUUUCUUAUAACUUAAGUGCAAUAAAAUGUGUUUUUUCAUGUUA